AUGGAGCAGCAUUUUCUCGGCGCCUUGAAGGAGGCUUGGGAUUCCGUAGAGGGGGCGCCAGAGCCCCAGCCUCCGUGUAUCCGCAGCUGCGACGAUUCUGGGCCGUGGCCGCUCCCUCUCUACCCGGUGCUGGGGGAGCCCUCAUGCCAUAGCAGUGAUUUCCAUCGGCAACUGCUUUCCAGUCCUAGCAGGCGGCUGCCUUGUGUCGGUCUGCAAAACGGACUCUUUCCCACAGCCCAGAGCACCUUGGAACCAAGCCCAGCCCCGCCCACUCCGGACCUCUGGCUGCAGACACAGAAGACACUAGAAGCAAUCCUAGGAGAGGCGGACUCUGCAGAGGAACCCGACGGGCUCACGUUCCAGCAGCUUCCCUGGGACAGGCUGCAAGACGCCGGCGACAGACAGCAGGACAGCGAGACCUCCGACAGCGGGCACCCUUCGGAUCGCCGCCGACCUCCCGUCCCCGCUUGCUGGAGCCACCACCGGCUUUUCUCAGGCUGCUUGCACUGGAUUGGUCGCGCAGUGCACACCGUGAGCUGUGGCUGCUGCCAGACCGUCUUUGGCUCUAAGGAGCCUUGA